ACUGCGCAAGCGCACCAGGCGUCCUCCGUGAGGUGGGGAGGGAAAGAGAGCGGGGAGAACCUUUGCCGAGGCUUUAAAAGCGAGCGGGAGCCGGAGGCGCUCCACCCCGCGCAUGCGCAAAACGAGCUGGGGAACGGGUCGACUGACGUCAGAGGCCCAUAGACUCAAAUUAGUAGAGCCGGAAGACACGGCCGUGUUGGUCUCUGUGCAAGCCCAUCGGGCAAAAUCCAAAGGAACGGAACGGAAACGAAACAAGGAGAAAGAAACGCCCUCAAGAAGGAGCCGCUCCAUUUUAAUGCCAGCCGUCGUGGCUCCCGGCCCAUUUCCUCGGGCCUCUCGAGGGUGCAGAUCGUCCGUCCGCCGGCAGGGGGCGACGACUUCCGCUUGCGGCCCCUUUGGACUUCCGGGGCGGCGGAGAAUUCGAACCCAGGACCGCUUUCCUCCCCUUCCCCCCCUCCUGGUUUUGCGGCCGGCAGACAUGUCCACGCUCUUUCCCUCCCUCUUCCCCCGAGUCACGGAGGCGCUGUGGUUUAACCUGGACCGGCCCUGCGUGGAUGAGAACGAGCUUCAGCAGCAGGAGCAGCAGCAUCAAGCCUGGCUGCAGAGCAUCGCAGAGAAAGACAACAACCUGGUCCCGAUUGGGAAACCUGCCUCCGAGCAGACUUAUGAUGAGGAGGAAGAGGAAGAUGAUGAAGACGAUGAGGACAGCGAGGAGGAUUCCGAAGAUGAUGAGGACAUGCAGGACAUGGAUGAGAUGAAUGACUAUAACGAGUCUCCGGAUGACGGCGAGAUCAACGAGGUGGAUAUGGAAGGUGCUGAGCAAGACCAGGACCAGUGGAUGAUAUAGACUCUGCAGCAGACGGAGCCCACGCUGGCCUUUGGGGGUCUGGUGGGGAAGGAAGGAGGGGAGGUUCAUUUGGUGGGUGCCAGCCUGUCUUCCUGGAUCUCGGCUGCCAAGGAGGCUGCUCGUGUGCCAUCACCUGUACUGUGUAUGCCCUGCUCCAGUGGCCAGACUUACAGCAGUUGUGCCAUUGAACGGUCUGGGGCCAGCGAAAAAGCCACGAGGAAUGGAAAUCGGGUUUGGUUUUGCAACUGCUUUUUGCCAGAAAAGCAGCCUUUCUUUCAGUCUGUCUGUCUGUCUGUCUUGGCUGUCUGUGUGUGUGUGUGUGCGUGUUUCACUCUCAGUGGAAACCGUCUUGUCAAUAAUAAACACAGUUUGUACCCGA